AUGAAUAAUACCUUUAAGUUUUUACAUCAAGUAAUUAGCAAACUUACCUUGAAGGCUUAAGUUCCUAACUACGGCUAAUAUUCUCACAGUUUAAAAAGACCUAUUAACCCCAAGGUUGUUGUUUUCGGAAACUCAAGCAGAGCUUAUGAAUUGAUUUCUUCAUAAUUCAGAAAUUUCAAUCAUGUUAAUGGUCUUGAACUUAAGGGCCAAGAAGAUAACAUUCAAGCUAACAAAGUUGCUCAAUCUGUCUUAAGCAUCAAUGAUGGUUUCUAGGACGGUUAUUACAUUACUGAUUUCCCUUAAAACAGCAAGCAAGCUGAAAGAUUGGAUCUUAUUACUGACGGAGUUAACUUAGCUCUUUACAUUAAGGAUCCCUCAGAUAAAGUAACUGUUACAAGAUAACAAGAAGCUAUUGAUUAUUACAGAAAAACUGGUGCUUUGGUUGAAUUCGAAGUUGAUCCUCGUGGUGAUUUAGAAGAAUAAGUUAAAUAGCUUUCAAACUAAGUUCUUAAUGGUUACAAACACUGA